UAAAAAUAAAUUGAAGACUUAAAAAAUAAGUUGAGGUAAGGACGAAAAAUCAUAAAAGGGUUUGUAGGAAUUAGGAUUGUUAGAGGGUGUAAAAUAAACGGAGUGACAAUUAAUUGAACCCGCGACUUUGCGGGUAAAUAACAUACAAAGUGGCUCACACGAGAGAUACAAGCGAGUUGCAGGCGGAAGUGAGGAGUACUAUAAGGGUACUCAAUGGAUGGUGUCCACGAGGAAAUGGUGGACAAUCUGCUCGAGAUGAGACGGUUUUAAUGUCGCCCUCGAGCCCCAAUCGCGGAUCCAACCAGAUCCACGGUACGCAAUUAGGACACAGAAGUGUUAGUGGUACUACUAUUAAUCCGCCAACAAGUGUUGUAGUAAGCUCGACCUCCAGCAGCAUGCGGCCUCCACCCCCUCCCCCACCUCCAAGGGCAAGGCCCUCCGCUGAGGGCAAAGGUCAUCAUGAGGAACCCACCAGCUCCAUUCCUGAUCUUGAAUUUGAUGGGACGACUGUUUUAUGUCGAGUUUGCGGAGAUAAAGCUUCUGGGUUUCAUUAUGGUGUACAUUCUUGUGAAGGAUGCAAGGGGUUCUUUCGGAGGAGUAUUCAACAGAAAAUACAAUAUCGUCCUUGCACCAAAAAUCAACAGUGCAGCAUUUUGAGAAUCAACAGGAAUCGCUGUCAAUACUGCAGACUUAAGAAGUGCAUUGCUGUAGGCAUGAGUCGAGAUGCGGUUCGAUUCGGCCGUGUGCCAAAACGUGAAAAAGCCCGAAUUCUGGCAGCGAUGCAGCAGAGUUCCCAUAGUCGUUCUCAAGAGAAAGCAGUUGCUGCCGAACUGGAGGAUGAACAGCGUCUUCUAGCGACAGUAGUGCGUGCUCACCUUGACACAUGUGAUUUUACCCGCGAUAAGGUCGCUCCGGUACUCACAAGGGCACGAGAAACACCCAAUUAUACAGCCUGCCCACCAACCUUGGCAUGUCCGCUGAACCCAAACCCCCAGCCACUAACCGGUCAGCAAGAGCUCCUUCAGGACUUCUCAAAGAGGUUUUCCCCUGCGAUACGUGGAGUAGUGGAGUUCGCAAAACGCAUUCCUGGUUUCAACCUGCUGGCCCAGGACGACCAAGUGACCCUGUUAAAAGCCGGAGUGUUUGAAGUCCUUCUAGUAAGACUCGCGUGUAUGUUCGACGCCCAAACAAAUAGUAUGAUCUGUCUAAACGGGCAAGUGCUCAAAAGAGAUUCCAUCCACAACAGUAACGCGCGAUUCUUAAUGGACUCAAUGUUUGAUUUUGCCGAGCGCGUAAACUCAUUACGGCUUUCCGAUGCCGAAUUAGGACUUUUCUGUUCAGUGGUAGUGAUUGCGGCUGAUAGGCCGGGUUUGCGUAAUACUGAUCUUGUCGAGCGUAUGCAUAACAAACUCCGUAAUGCCCUCCAGACUGUUUUAGCGCAAAAUCACCCUCAGCAUCCGGAUAUUCUUCGCGAAUUGCUCAAAAAAAUUCCCGAUCUCAGAACUCUUAAUACUUUACACUCAGAAAAACUCCUUGCGUUUAAAAUGACUGAACAGCAGCAACAAUUGCAAGCUCAGCAGCAGCAACAGCAACAACAACAACAACAGCAGCAACAUCAUCAACAACAGCAGCAACAACAACAGCAGCAGCAGCAGCAGCAAUGGCCAAUGGAAGAAGAACCAACAGUUUCCUGGGGAUCUGCAUCGGACGUGACCCUAGACGAAGCGGUAAAAAGCCCUUUAGGAAGUGUCUCAAGCACCGAAAGCACUUGCAGCGGCGAAGUAGCUUCCCUAACCGAGUACCAUUCAACCCCGGGGCAUCACGCAUCAAGUGCGCCCCUUUUAGCAGCAACUUUAGCCGGUGGACUGUGUCCUCACCGGCGCCGCGCUAAUUCCGGAAGCACCAGUUCAGGUGACGACGAAUUACACCGCACUGCAAUGUCCAAAACUCCCCAACCGCCGCAAUGUCCGCGAUUUCGCAAACUGGAUUCGCCUAGCGACAGCGGAAUAGAAUCUGGCACUGAAAAAACUGAUAAGCCAGCAAGCAGCAGCGCUAGCAGCGCGCCCACUUCUGUUUGUUCGAGUCCCAGGUCAGAAGACAAAGAGGUCGAAGACAUGCCAGUGUUAAAAAGAGUCCUUCAGGCGCCUCCGCUUUACGAUACUAAUUCGCUGAUGGACGAAGCCUAUAAACCUCACAAAAAAUUCAGGGCGCUCAGGCAAAAGGACAGCGCUGAAGCAGAACCUGUUGUUGUUCAACACACCCAAUCUCAAUUGCAUUUACACCUUACCUCCCCCGCAAGGAGCCCUUCCGCGAGUCAAUGUCCCCAAACUGCAAGCUUGCUCAGCAGCACGCACUCGACUUUGGCUAAAAGCUUGAUGGAGGGGCCAAGAAUGACUGCUGAGCAGCUUAAACGGACUGAUAUUAUUCAUAACUAUAUUAUGCGCGGUGAAGCAAGUCCCAGGUCGCCAAAUUCAAGUCCCUCACCUGCGGAACAGUGCGCUUCUACUACUACCCUUGCAAGGUCGCCUUCGCAGAAUCAGGGGCUGCUUCAGUGCGCUACUGGGUACUCUAGGUGGCCUGCUACUUCGGUUAUUACCACUACUACCGGUAGGCAGCAGCAGCAGCAGCAGCAGCAACAACAACAACAUCAACAACAACAACAACAGCAGCAAAAUUCUAACUACCUCGUUAUUGGAACACCCGGGUCACCUAGAUAUCUUUCCGCUGCAGCAACGAGUACUAGCACGAGUCCCAGGCUGAAUUCUAGCAAUUCUACUACUUUAGUACUAUCAGGGUGUCCUAAUAAUAUGAUGGAGCUGCAAGUAGACAUUGCUGACAGUCAACAACCCUUAAAUUUGUCCAAAAAAUCGCCGUCCCCAUCGCCCAGACCUAUUGUUGGACAAUGCAAGGUUCUUUCUCUUGAAGCGUAGUCCUGUUAAUUUUUUUUGAUCCUACCUGUGAAAAAUUUAGUGUUUUUGUUGUGGAAAAAUUAAAAUUGUAUCAGUGCCAGGACGCUCUAAUUGCGCGUGACAAACCAAAUAAUUUAUUAUUUAAAAAUUAACUGAUAAUAAUUAUAAGAUAAUUAAUACGGAGGUAAUAUCUAAUCCGUGUGUGCCCCCCCACCUAUUUUAUAGUGCUAAAAGGAAGAUGGACACUUAAAGUGGCAUCGAUAAUUAUGUCUUAGAAAUCAGUCUAGAUAUUAAUUGAUUGAUAAUGUUGAAAUGAAUUUAAAAUAAAAUAUUCUAUGUGAUAAUCAUGAAUAUCGCGCAUCUUGUAUAGUAUCCAUCUCAUUCAUAAAUCAUUACUCUAUAAUAAUGUAAUUUUAAUUUCUAUUAUUUAAGAUAAUUAUUGUUAUUUUAAGAAUAAUUAUAUCCGUACAUUUAAAAUUUGUGUCUGUAAUAAUUAGACACAGUAUGAAUGUAAUUGUGCGAGUCGGGGCUAUUUGAAUUGGCAAAUUAUCUAAAGAGAAAUAUCAUUUUUUUUUGAGACUGAUUGGCUUUUUGGCCCUCCAGUUUGCAAUUACUGUACCUUUAUAUCAUGUAUCAUCGUAUUAGAUGAAUGAUUUAAUGAAAAUUUAAUUAAUAAUUAUUGAAUAUAAUACAGGAGUUAUUAAUCUUAAUGAAAUGUCCUGUUAUUUAGGGUGUUAGUUUGUAGGAAUUAUAUUAUUGUGGAUGUGUGAGAUAUUUUAGAGUGAUUUCUGAUGUACAUAUUUAAUGUAAGAUGUAGUU